AUGACAACACCUCAGGCAUUGCCACCAAAGAUAAAGGAUCCAGGAAAGUUAACCAUCACUUGUACCAUUGGUGGGGCGAAGAUACCACAUGCUUUAUAUGAUUCAGGGUCGAGAAUCAAUGUCAUGAUGCUGGAAAAAAUUAAGGAAUUGAAGAUAGGAGAGAUCAUAUCGAGCAAUACGACUCUCACUUUAGCUGAUUCAUCUGUUACUCAUCUGCUUGGUGUUGUACAAGACAUGUUAGUUCAUGUCGAUGGUUUGAUUUUCCCUGCAGAUUUUGUGGUGAUUGACAUGAAAGGAGAUUCAGGAGGGUUAGUUAUUCUCGGACGCUCAUUCUUGGCAACUGGGAAGGCAAAAAUAGAUGUAGAGACAAGUGAACUUGUUUUGAAGUUCAACGAGGAAAAUGUGGUGUUUAAUACGUAUGAAUGGACACCAUAUAUGGAGGAUAUAUAG